CGCUUUUACAGGUCAUUACGAAUAAUUAUGGGCGAUUGUCGGCGCAAAUCCGGUAAAUCCGAAAAUUCAUCAUGUUCUCGCGGAGACCAGAAAUUAAACGUUAAACGUUAGCGUGUGCUCGCUCGCUCGCUCGCUCGCUCGCGCGCACGCGCGCACUGAAUUGCUCAAUUUAGUCACCGUACGCGUACGAAUACAAAUAAAUCGGCGUUAACGAAACCGCUGUUGAAAACAUUGUCGCGUUAAUGAACGACACUAAUACAGCGAUCUCGUCUCUUCGAGGAAGAAAUCGAUCUAAAGCUCGAUCGGCAUGCACGCGUUGCGAUAAGGGACCACCACCGCUGCCGCCGCGCCGUGACGAUUGUUUUUCUUUUUCUCUUCCUUUCUUCUCGCGAACGCCGUAUCACUCGCCGAGCCGCACCUCCGCAGGCGUCAUCGGCGUCAUCGGUCGAGCCUUAAUGCCGAUGCCGGACAAUCAUUUCCGUUUAGCGCGAGAGACGGCGGCGCGCGGCGGGCGCUGAUAACGCUGCUAUUUAUUCUACACGCACGCCCGGCCGCUCUAUCUCGCUCGCUCCUCCGCUCUCGGUUUAACCUCUUCACGGCGUGCAGCCCGGAAUGCAUCAUAGGAACACGACCGGCCGAGAGAGACUAUUGAUCGGCCGGUCGACAGUGCGCCAGCGCAAGUCGGGCGGCCGGACGGAGAGUGUGGCAUUCAUGAGCGCGAGCCGCCCUCGGCCGUAGUGCUGUGGUUCGUUUGGUCGACAUUUGGCUGCCGUUAUGCUCGUCGUCGCACGGAAGCGCCCCUAGACACGCUGCCAUAAUGUCCGGUGUAAGACAGGGAUUAUAUCGGCUUCGCGACGCUGCCGGAGCAAGUGCACCGGAAAUCGGUGAAGAGGGGCUUCGAGUUCACCCUGAUGGUAUUGGGUGAGACCGGUCUCGGCAAGUCGACGCUCAUAAACAGCCUCUUCCUCGGGGACCUGUACAAAGACCGGCGAAUCCCGGAUGCGGCCGAGCGGGUGGCUAAAACCACCUCUAUCGAGAAAAAGACAAUGGAUAUAGAGGAGCGUGGCGUUCGGCUCCGCCUAACGAUCGUAGAUACGCCAGGAUUUGGCGAUGCGGUAAAUUGCGAGGAUACGUGGAAAGCAUGCUCGGCUUACAUCGAUGAGCAAUUCCGUCAAUAUUUUACGGACGAAAGCGGAUUAAAUAGGAAAAAUAUUCAAGAUAACAGGGUACACUGUUGUCUGUACUUUAUACCACCAUACGGCCAUGGCCUUAGGCAGAUAGAUCUCGAGGUAUUAAGGCGUUUACAUCGGAAAGUUAACGUCGUCCCCGUGAUAGCGAAAGCGGAUACUUUAACCACUCACGAGGUGAAGAAGCUGAAGGAGCGCAUUUUGGCAGACAUCGAGGAACACGAGAUUCAGAUAUACCAGUUCCCGGAUUGCGACAGUGACGAGGACGAGGAGUUCAAGCAGCAGGAUAAGGAGCUGAAGGCCUGCAUACCGUUCGCGGUCGUUGGAAGUUCGACGGUGCUGGAAGUCGCCGGGAGAAAGGUUCGCGGCCGGCAAUACCCAUGGGGCGUAGUGGAAGUCGAGAAUCCGAAGCACAGCGACUUCGUCAAACUAAGGACGAUGCUAAUAUCGACGCACAUGCAGGAUCUAAAAGACGUCACGCAGGACGUCCACUACGAGAAUUUUCGGGCCCAAUGUAUUUCUCAAAUUUCGCAGCAGGCAAUCCGGGAACGGAGGUAUUUACGCAUCAAACUGAAGAGAGAUUCUGGACCGCACUUCGAGAACAGUAUAUCCGACACGGACCGACUUCUUUUGCAGAAAGAUGAGGAGAUACGAAGGAUGCAAGAUAUUCUGGCGCAGAUGCAAGAGAAGCUGAAAGCGAGCGGUCAGGUCGGCGGCGGCGGCGGUGGUGUCGGAUUGCGAGGCCGGGUUGGUAGCCUCGGCAACGAUCUCGAUUCCGCAGACGUCGAAAAGAAACGCAACAGUAUUAUAGACGUUUGAAGCGUAGAUCGUCCUCGGGACGUGCAGUCCGGAAUGUGCGAUUCACCCUCCCGAGAGAGAUCUGUACAUAUAUUCCGUUCUCGACAAUAGUCUCCCGACGCAUUACGCAAAAUUUGCGAGAACGCGUAGCUUUUAGCAUGAAUUCUCUACCCUCACAGCUAUAUAAAUUCUUAAAUUUUACUCGGCCUCUAUUUAUAUAACAAACAAAAUUAAAGGCGAUUGAUUGAAAUUUGAGCCAAAAAUAAUAAUAAUAAAUUUAUUUGUAUCCGCAGAGUAGGAUAAUUAUUAGAUAAUUAUUAAGAUAAAUUAAUUUUUUCCCGAUCACGUGCCGUCACCGUUCACGCGAUAGACGAAUUAUAGAACUGCCAAAGAUUUCCACCCCCAAUGCUUAUCCGCCAAAUACGUACUCGAUCAAAUCGAGCUUGUACAGAUCAACUUCGGUGAUACGUGAGAUCGGAAUGUCUUUUUUACCUAGCAUAACAUAGCUAAUUUAUACGAAUAGCAGACACGCGUAAACGUAUGGAAAUUUUCAGAUAUUAUAUAUAUGUAUUCAUAGACACCGAAAGCGUUUGUUGCAAAACGGGCGUGCAAAUGACCGCACAAAUCCUGAAAUCGCCGGAGGAAUCUCACGUUUCAGUUUUACUGUUUAACACCACACUGAGAAAAAGAUAUUUGAAAAUUUACAUUUGCACUAUAUAAAUUUAUUUCACUGCAAACUUUAUUUAAAUAACAUUUCAUCUUUAUUAGCAAAUAAACUGAUGAAAAAACUGAGAUAUAUUAAAUUUCACGGAAAUGUAAUAUUUUCCGUCGCAAUUAAAUUUUUUAAUAAUUUGAUAGGUAUCGAAGAAAAUGUUACAAGUUAAGCUAACAUCUUUUUCUCGGUAUAAUACGAAAUCUAUAAUCCGAGUGUAUGCCAAAGAAUUGCGAAAGGUAUUAUUAUUAAUUGGCGUUCUGAAUAUACGUACCACAUAUAUUUUAUGCAGAUUAUGUAUGUGUGCAAUCUGUAUAAAAAUUAUGGAAUUAUAUGAAGAAUGAGAUGCGAGAGAAAUUCAAAGGGACCCAAAGCUCCCGCACAUUUAUUUAUUUGCACAGUCACUACUUUAAUGAUUUUUUAGAUAGCUCGUAUACUUUAAGUUCUUUUCUCGUGAGAAUGUGUAGAUGUUUUGUAACAAUAAACAUGCCGUAUAAAUGCAGUCAA